CCUUCCUGAGCCGGUGCCGCGGCCAGAACGGGAAUGGAAUGGCGGGGGUGGAGCCGGUCCCUUUCUGAUCGGAGCCCGCAGCUGAGAGCUUUCUCUCUGUCCUGGCAGCGUUUGCUGAGCGGAGGCUCCGCCUUGGAGGGGAUUCCUGGUGCUCGGUGACAGCCACAGGAGCGUCUCUUCUCUGUCGCCACCGAUCUGCGGGGAGCAGSGACAGGGCAGGGCUGAGCCGGCAGCGCCUUCCUGAACCUGGGGAAGCGCAGAGCUGGGACCAGCUCGUAUCUCUCAUCAUGCCCCAUGUUAUCUCCCAGCACCCUCGUUGUCAAAUUGCGUCGAAAGCUGAACUCCAAAAGGCUUUCUCAGAAUCACUGAUACCCCCUGAGCCAGGUGCUCUUUGUGCCAGGAAGAGAAAUCCCAGCUGUAAGCUGGAGGAUAGUGAAUUAUGCUAUCUUCAUGGGGUUUUGAAUGAGCUCCUGCAUCCCCAGAAGGGAUCAGCAGCUGAGGUUACCCUCUUGCCUGGGGCACGAGAAGUGACUUGUCACAAGAAGGAAGGUGUCACUGGUAAGAGUGCAGGGAGUGAAGAUCUGGAGGAAAGGAUCUGCACCAGUGACAGCAGUGCGAGGGAACUGCUGGUUACACACUUGCCUCAAGAACAAGAAGCCACUCAUGACAAACAGGAAGGUGUCACUGCUGAGAGUGCAGGGAGUGAAGAUCUGGAGGAAAGGAUCUGCACCAGUGUCAGGAGUGCGAGGGAACUGCUGGCUGCCCAGGACAGAUCAGCAACCAGGAAUAAACAGGAAAGUACCCUGAGAGGGUUUCUGGCUCCACUCGACUGGAUCAGAUCCCAUCCCAUGCUCACCCUGGUGAUGUUCCUGCUCCUGCUCCUGGCUCUGGGUGUGUCCUUGGCUGUUGUGUCAGGGGGAGGACACAGAGAGACUCCAGUUACUCCAGUUACAGCUGACACUCCCCUGCUGCUGGCCUGUCCCCACGGCUGGGUCGGGCACCGCGGGAUCUGCUACUUCCUCUCGAGGGAUCAGCUCAGCUGGGAUCAGGCUCAGGCUCGGUGCUCUGAGCUCGGGGCCUCCCUGGCCGUGCUCCAGGACUGGGAAAUGGAAUUCCUCCUUCGCCUCACCAGGAACAAGGAUCACUGGAUUGGGCUGUGCCGAUGGGACCAGGAGCUGCAGUGGGUGGACGGCAGCAGCUUCAACUCCUCAUUUCCUGUCCUGGGCAAUGCAGGGUGUGUGUUCCUUGGAGAGGAUAACCUCAGGAGUGAGAUCUGCUCAAGUGAGAUGUCCUUUAUCUGCAGCAGACCCCAAACACAUCUGUGACAGGGAGUGGACAAAGCUUCACCUCGAUGCGGGGCACUCAGCUUCACCUCUUCCCCCCAACACAGGGAUGUCCUUCCUCAGCUGCAGCAUCUGCCUUGCGCUGACCCUCAGUGUCCCCUCCGUGCUCAGUCUCCAGAUGAACCUGCAGGAGAAACAGUUGAUGUGGAAGCUGCUCUGUGGCUGCCGGGUCUGGGGUUGGGGGGUUCUUGCUCCUUGUGGAAUCAUCUCAGAAAUCAUCCUAAUUCUCUUUGCACUACACGUUUCUACAGGGA